CGUUAAUUGGGUGGGGAUCACAUGACGGGGAUGGUGGACGGGCACGACAAAGAUGUGCCACGGCGUAUAUCGUCGUUGAUGUCUUCGUUGAUGUCGGCGCUGUAUGUCAUCAAGUACCUCCCCGCCGUAAGUCAGGUUACCUAGGUGCCAACAACUAAGCACCCCCUAAGCUCCCCCCUAAGCACCCCCUCAUGGCUAAGUUCUACGAUAGGCCAUGGUCCUUUUUCUUAAAACAGCCGGCGCACUUACUACGCGUAGCCUUAACUUAUCUAUUCGCGCUCGUUCUUAUCCAGCCCCGUAUUUUCGAAGCUUGUGAAUAUUUCUUUCUUGGUCAUUAUUUGUGAGUUGUACUGUUGUCGAAUAUAUAUUCUAAUCCCUUCUUUUACAAACUCGCAAACUACUCAACCGCAGCUAUCCCCGCAGUUAUCUUCAUAUCCAUCCUACUACGCAUUUUCUUUCAGCCUCCGUUAUUACCUAGCAUACCGGCUCCGACAUAAAAUUAUCUUCACUUAAUUUCCACGCACGAGAGCUUCUUGCAGUCAUGUCUUUCCCACCAAGGACUCCUUCUCCUACGCGUCAGCGCUCAUCGUGCACUGACCAUGGACACCAUUCCGUAAAGUCCCCAACCAUUGUCAAGCAAUACAUGCCGGGACUAGAGCUGCCUUCCGCCGACCGUAGAGCUCAGCUUUUGCAGCAGCCGUCGCCAUUUGAUUCACCAACUUUCAAAUCCCAAAGCACAUCAGCAUGGGAGCAUGAUCGCAGACAGUUCCAGAUACGGACGUCUAACCGCGUUCCUCUUGAGCGCCCUCUUAAUCGUCUAUCCUCAGUCGGCACCCCGUCCCCCUUACCCUCCGAGUCGCUUCUCAACCCUAGCCCCGCCAGCUGUGGCGUACCUAACCCGAGCAAGCCGUUUUCCUUCGACAAGAGCAAGCGAUUCCUUGCUGCGGAGCUUUACAGGCUUGUGUUGGAUGAAAAUCCGGUUGCUCAGCACAACUAUCUCGAGGCUGGCAAGUAUGGCCGCUCUAAGAAGCGAAGUGCAACUACGGAUACGGACAUGGAUAGCGGUGAUCAGGACUUUGGUACCGGACAGCAAGCUGGGGAUAUGAUGGAGGACGCAUGCCCAGUGAAGCGUACAAAGCUGUGCAAUCCGGAUACGAACACUACUAGUCCUACCAACUCGCAACAGCUCCCUCACCCGCGAGUACAUCCACUUUACGCUGCCCGCCACGGUGAAGACUCGGCUUGGCACGUCCCGAGCCAGUAGAGGGAUGAUGUGUGGUGAAGUUACGUGAAUCACAUGCGAUUCACGAAAGACGUUAACGUUUGUAAUGUGGCUUAGCACACAACUUUUACAAAGAUCGUUAGCAUGGCCAAUAUUAGCAGAUUAUGAACUAGGUUAAUCGCUUUGAACACAAACCUACAAGUUUGGCUCUAUUAUGUACGACCCUUGCACAAGAAAAUCACUAGAAGACUUUAAUUUUGCACGAUAACUGAGCAUAAUCGAGAUUAAUGUAUUUCAAAACGAAUAGGAGGUAGCAGGUUGCAAUAACGACAAGGGAGAGGGAGAGGGACCCAAUAAGUCACAUGUGAGAUAGGAAUACCUAGCAAGGGGGAAGGUUUAUUUUAUGUCUACCUCUCGUCGACUAUGCGAAUUAGGAAAGGCAGAAACGGAAAAUCACGAGCAUGAGGCAUGGCUUUGAUAUUUGCAAAACCCUAUUACUGCUUUUAGUUUUUAAUACACCCGUGCCACUGACUUAACAAAGCCCGUUAACGUUUAAUACAAGUUUUAAUACAAACUAAACUUCACAGAC